GAGGGCAGGGGACAGGCCUAGACUGGCAGAGGAGCGUAAGAGGCGUCACCACCCGCCAGCUCGCCCGCCCCCAGCUCCGGGACCAGCCGCUCUGGCCUCAUGUUCCCUCGCCCGGGCUAGACUCUGUGUCAGCUCCAGAGCCCUGGCCGGCCAUCCCUGCGGAGGCCACGCCAAGGGAGCAGAGAAGCUCCGCGGAGGACCCCAGAAAGGCGGAGGGAGCGCGCUCCCUCCCAAAGGAAAGACAGUUGUGGGGCUGAUGAAAGGGAAGCAGAGAGGCGCGGGGCUGGCGGGCGAGAGCGGGGGCGUGACGGGGAGACGAAAUCUCCGGGGAGGGAGAGAACCGUACCACCUGGAGGUCCGCCGCGACGUCGGGCUGGAGCUGGAGGGGGAGAGGAGCCGGGAGGGGGCGCGCAAUUUAGCCCGAGGGUCCUGAGCUGAAACUCAACACCCGCCUUUGGAGGGCUCGUCCCCCUUUCUCCUCCGCCCCUUCCCUUCCCCUCCCUUUUCCCCUCCCUCCUUUCUCUUCAUCCCCGGGACUGAGCCCCGCGCCGGAGCCGAGAGGGCCCGAGGGGAGGAGAAAGGAGCUGCACCCAGAGGGCGCCGGGAGCCUGGGAAGGGGAGGGAAGGGGAGCCGCGAGCGGGGGCUGAGGCUGAAAGCCGCGCGCGACCCCCGGACCCUUUCCAGCCCUCUCAGUGCCCCCAAGCCCGCUCCCAGGCGAGUCCGCAGGGCCCUAGUCGCUGCGCCUCCUUAGCCUUCUGUUUGCUCCUUUUGCUUUUCGGCCUUUCUCUCGGUUCCCAGAGACACCUGGGCUGCCACGAGCCCCGGGGCGCUCAGAGGGGCCCCCCCAAGGGUGCGUGUAAGCGGGGCGGCGGGGGCCAGCGUCCUGGGCCAGGGGGCCGAGGGUGGGAGCGGGAGUGCUGGCGCCGAGGGUUGGAGGGGGGCGCGUGGGGAAGGCCGUCCCGCCCCAUCGAGCCCGGCCCGCGUGCGCGUAGCGAGGCACGGUCCCGGGGCCCCCAGACCCCCAGGCGCGCGGCGAGCAAGGGUGCGUGCUCGGGGGCCCGCCUUGGGGGCUUCGAGCGUUGGGCUAGAAAGCCGCCACUGGGGUCGUCCAGCCCAGCCGCCCUGCUCUCCGAGGCCUUUGGCUCCAGCCUCGCCUCCGCUGCCAAGUCGGGCGACUUUGAAGAGAGACAAACUUCUUGAUUUUCACUGCCCCCGCCCCAUCCCUCUCAGCCGGGCUGCUGCAGAGCCCCGGGAGCAACACUCUCUGGCGCGGCUCCGGGUGGGGAAGGUUGGCCCCUAAACUCGCUCGUCCAGCCCGACCGCCCCGGCGGCUUCUCCCUGCCCUCGGGGCCGUCCUGAGCGCCCCGGAGAGGCGUCGAGUGCAGCCCCAGCUCCCACCUCCUCGCCCGUCCUGGCACUGGAAGGGAGCUUUGGGCCCAUGCGGAUCUGGCGUGUCCCCGCGGCCUAGGACAGGCAGCUCCGGGGGCCUGGCCCACCCUGCAGCCUCAGGGAGGCCGCGGGGACGGGGCAGAGCGCGCGCCCUUGGAUGAGGUCCCGCAGCGACGCCCCAGCCCGCCCCGCUCCUCCUCCUGCCCGGCCAAGCUGCCUCCCAUUUGGGAAGUUUUGUGGGUUUUCUUUCUCCUCCUCCAACCUCCGGGGAGGCCACGAUUCAGGCGCCGCAGCCGGGGGCCGCCUCCAUGGUGCGGGUCAGCCGCUGCUGAAGUCAGCGAAACCGAGCCUGGCCUGGAGCUGGCCGCGAGGAAGGCCAAGGCCAUGGCCAUAGCCACGUCGGCCUUAGGAUGCCCAGGGAAAUCGAGGCUGCCUCUUGCUUUCUGGACUCCUCCGAAUGGGCAUUCUGGGAAGGAGGAUUGUGACGCUGGAAAGAGAAGCAUGGCUGCUCACCUCCUCCCACAUCCCUCGAGGAUGAGUUAGAUUUUCACUCCUUCUCAGACCAAACUCCUCUUAGCUUCUCAAUCUAUAUGAUGGCCCAGCUGGCCCGGGCACUGUACGACAACACAGCUGAGUCCCCACAGGAGCUGUCCUUCCGCCGAGGGGACGUUCUGCGGGUGCUGCAGAGGGAAGGCGCUGGUGGGCUGGAUGGCUGGUGCCUCUGCUCCCUGCAUGGCCAGCAGGGCAUCGUGCCUGCUAACAGAGUGAAGCUCCUUCCUGCUGGCCCAGCACCCAAGCCUGGCCUCUCCCAGGUGCCCCCUACCCAGCCAGGCUCACCACAUCUGGCCCCGGAGCACAGCAGUGAGGACCAGGAGUUGUACGUGGUGCCACCCCCAGCUCGACUCUGUCCUACCUCGAGACCUCUAACUGGACCCUGCCCACCCUCCCCUGACCCCAUCUACAAGGUCCCCAGAGGCGGUGGGACCCAACUGGCUGCCCCUGGAGCUGCCUUGGAGGUCUACGACGUACCCCCCACUGCCCUCCGAGUUCCCUCCAAUGGCCCCUAUGACUCCCCGGCCUCCUUUGCCCGCCCUCUGGCUCAGGUUGCCCCCCAGUCCCUUGGAGAGGAUGAAGCUCCCUAUGACGUGCCUCUGGCCCCAAAGUCACCAUCAGACCUGGAGUUAGAUCUGGAGUGGGAGGGGGGCCGGGAACCAGGGCCCCCCCUCUAUGCUGCCCCUUCCAACCUGAAACGAGCAUCAGCCCUGCUCAAUCUGUACGAAGCACCAGAGGAACUGCUGGCAGAUGGGGAAGGCGGGGGCGCUGACGAGGGCAUCUAUGACGUCCCCCUGCUGGGGCCGGAGACACCCCCUUCUCCAGAGCCCCUGGGAGCUUCGGCCUCCAGUGACAUGGACACCCUGGCCCUCCUUCUGGCCAGAAGCCCCCCAGCCCCACACAGACCCCGGCUGCCCUCAGCCGAGAGUCUGUCCCGUCGCCCCCUGCCUGCCUUGCCUGUGCCGGAGGCCCCCAGCCCUUCCCCGGCUCCUUCUCCUGCUGCGGGCCGGAAGGGCAGCAUCCAGGACAGGCCCCUGCCCCCACCCCCACCGCGCCUGCCUGGCUAUGGGGGCCCCAAGGUGGAGGGGGAUCCGGAGGGCAGGGAGGUGGAGGACCACCCGGCAGGACACCACAACGAGUACGAGGGCAUCCCAGUGGCUGAGGAGUACGACUACGUCCACCUGAAGGGCAUGGAUAAAGUUCAGGAAGCCAGGCCUCCAGAUAAGGCCUCCCCAGGGGAUCCUGAACAGCUGGAGAGGGGGCCGCCAGAGCAGCAGGAGGCCCUGUCCCCUGGGGAGCCACUGGUUCUGCCCACUGGAGAUCUACAGCUCCUGCACUUCUACGCUGGGCAGUGCCGGGGCCACUACUCAACACUGCAGGCGGCCGUGGCGGCCCUGAUGUCCAGCACCCAGGCAAAGCAGCCCCCGCGCCUCUUUGUGCCCCACGGCAAGCGGGUGCUGGUGGCCGCCCACCGCCUGGUGUUCGUUGGGGAUACCCUGGGCCGCCUGGCAGCCUCUGCCCCUCUGCGAGCACAGGUCGGGGCCGCGGGCACAGCACUGGGCCAGGCAUUGCGGGCCACUGUGCUGGCCAUCAAGGGGGCCGCCCUGGGCUACCCAUCCAGCCCUGCAGCCCAAGAGAUGGCGCAGUGCGUGGCGGACCUGGCAGGGAGGGCCCUGCAAUUCACCACUCUGCUCACCAGCCUGGCCCCCUGAGCCCCUUGUCUCUGCUCUGCCCUCACCUGCCUCCCAGAGCCACCUCCAGUCCUCAGGUGGCUAGAGGGCUCUGUUUUGGGGACUAGGAGACACUGAGGCAUCUUUCCCCUUUACUGUCCUUUCCAGACAUCUCAGCCUCUCACUGAGGCCCCUCCUCCCCUACCCCACAGCUUUUUGUACGAGCCAUUUUGUAUAAAUUAUUUAUAUUUAAUAUUAUUCCCUGUUUUGUCAGGGGCAGGCACCAGGCCCUCCAGGGACCUUCCUCCUCCCUCAGCCUGGGGUGGAGGUUCUUGGGCACUGCAAGGCCAAGCCCUCUGGAAUCUUAACCCCACAGAGAGCCAAGUAGCUGAAACCUAGAGCCACCAGGAGCCCCUUUUUAUGUCCUGUGUCUUGGCUCUGGAACAUCAGCACCUCCCUGUUAGCCGAGAGCGAGGGCAGAACGUUGGCAGCCCGGAGUGGGAAAGUCUGGGAGAGGCCAGAGGACUGCUCCACGCAGAAGCAGGAGAGCUGGGCCUCUGACAUGGUGCACCUCAAUAAACCGGGCUUUCUGGUUCCCCGACUCUGCUUCCUGGGAGCCUGGGGGGCAGGCCCGGCACCCUUGGCCAAACUGUUGGGACACACACUGUGGGUAGUCUGCCUUUAGGGUUUGUGGAGAAAUUCUGCUGUUUCUCCAACUGUUCAUCUAGCAGGUUCUCAGCUCCCAUGAUGUGUCAGGCACCAGUUCUGAAGGUCCAUUGUGGGGGUGGGCUGGAUAGAAACAAGUCAGCUGAAACAAGUAAAUAAAAAAAAGAGGAACCUGCCACAGA